UACACACCCGGCAUGUUGCGGGAUGGCUGUGAUCAGUGCAGAAUUAUUACUUCCAGGUGCGGUGCCUCAUACUUUGGCCACUGCGUUUGCGCCAAGUGAUGCGCUUGAGGCCAAUGGUCCUCCGAGCAAACGUCGGAGGCUGAACACCGGAACUCAGAGCCUUCGGGAGCUGAACGGUGUGUCCGACUCGCAGACCCCUCUAGGCUAUGUUCCUCUAGCCCGUUUGUACUUAUACCUGGAAUUCGAACGCGAUAAUCCCGACCUUGAGGAAUCCAGAAGCUUCCCUGAAACUCUAACAAGUCUACCCAUCUUCAUUCAAAAGGCUAGGGGCUUUCGACCUCCCCAGCCUGCGUCUCAUCCGCAACAGUCACCAUGCGAUUGCUUCGAGCUGGAGCUUGCUGCCUCAUCAGGGCACAACACUAUCUUCGAAGAGCGAUUGAAUCAGUCCCAAUUGACUGGCAUUGGCGACCACCUGGAGCUUGCUCGGACCCUUGUUUGUGCCGACCGGUAUUCUAAGACGCAACCUCCUGCCUGUUAUCAGUCGACUCUCUUCCGCUUAUCUGACAAGACAAAAUUUCGGCUUGAGACAGUUAUAUUAUGGAAAGACUCGAUAGACAUCUUGAACUACAACCAACUGCCGGUCGGAUCAUUGAGGGUAUUCUCUAAAUAUGUUUUGCGGGAAUCAGACGGGGUUACAGGCUAUGAGAGUCACGAAUGGAAGCGUCAGCAACGAAGGAAUGAACUUGGCUGGUCCCCCCGCGACUUUUACGACAACGUAUUUGUUCCGCCGGACACGCCAGCGACGUCAGCAGAUAUCAAAUGUGACCUGAUCGAAUGCCAACUGUUCCCGUUCCAGAGGAGAGCAGUUAGGUGGCUCCUGGCGAGGGAGGGCGCGACACUCCAGCAGAAUGGACAAGUGGUAUCCACCCAAAACCAAUCUCCAGAUCAACUGCCGGCAUCCUUCCGAAGAAUAUUCGAUGCAGACGGGAGGACUUGCUUCGCCAGCCAUUUAUUUAUGAUUGUCACCACUGACUUGACAAACUGGUUCGAUGCGAAUGUCCGCCUUAAAGGUGGUAUUCUUGCCGAGGAAAUGGGUCUGGGGAAGACGGUUGAGAUGAUCGGACUGAUGUGCCUCAACCGCCGCUUGCUGUCUCCCGAAGAAACGUUUUCGGACCACCGCUCUGGAGGACUCAGACCAUCAGGCGCAACGUUAAUCAUAACGCCGCCUGCAAUUCUCGAGCAAUGGGAGCAGGAGAUCAGGACCCAUGCACCCGGUCUCAGCGUCUUUCAUUAUACGGGAAUUCAACGCCAUCAAGCACUCUCGGAUCAAGAGCUAGUGGAGAUGAUUGCUGAUUACGAUGUAGUACUCACCACCUACAAUGUACUCGCACGAGAAAUACACUAUUCCGGCGAUGCUCCGACGAGAAAUUUGCGACACGAGAAAAGAUUCGAACCAAGAAAGACGCCUCUCGUUCAAGUGUCCUGGUGGCGAGUUUGUCUCGAUGAGGCUCAGAUGAUUGAGAGUGGAGUCAGCAAUGCAGCCAAAGUUGCGCACCUGAUCCCUCGUCAGAAUGCCUGGGCUGUGACUGGAACACCGCUUCGCAAAGACAUCAAAGACCUGCUCGGGCUGUUGCUUUUUCUCGAUUAUAAACCAUUCUAUGGUUUCAUCUGGAAUAGAUUGUGCGUUGAGUUUAGGUCUGUGCUAGCGUGCAUUGUUCAAAGCAUUUCACUUCGGCACAGCAAAGACCACGUCCGCAAUGAACUUCAUCUGCCACCCCAGAAGCGAAUCGUCAUCACAAUCCCCUUUACUGCGGUUGAGGAGCAACGUUACGGACAGCUGUAUGAGCAGAUGUGCGAGGAUUGCGGCCUUGAUCUGUCGGGGGCUCCGCUCAAUGGGGACUGGAGUCCUGAGGACUCCGUAAUCAUCGAAAAAAUGCGCAAUUGGCUAGUCAAGCUUCGCCAGACCUGUCUCCAUCCUGCCGGAAAUCAUCGUCGUGGACUGGGGCUCGCAAAUGGACCCCUGCGAUCCGUGGCCGAGGUUCUCGAAGUCAUGAUUGAUCAGAAUGACGUUCUCAUUCACACAGAGGAGCGUUCUCGUCUCCUUUCCCAACUUCGGCGUGGGCAACUUCUGGAGAAUUCUAUGCACCGACAAAAGGCGCUCGAUCUCUGGACAAGCUCGUUAGAGCGCGCUGGUGAGAUUGUAAAGGAAUGUCGGGACCGGCUGCACUCAGAAUGGGUUAACAGUCAGUCCACUUCCGCCCAAAUUAAUCAGGAGACGAACUCGAUCGAUACCGCGAGCGACGAUGAAAAUGAAGAGAACGACAAGAACACUCGGGUGGGAGCCUUCCGCCAGAGGCUACGAUCAGCCCUUGAGAUUCAGCAUAUUUGUGUGUUUUUCACGGGAAAUGCCUAUUACCAAAUCAAGACCGAUCCGAAGCUUACCGACCCGGAGUCUGAAGAAUUCAAAUCUUUAGAAAAACGCGAGGAAGAAGCGUAUGGAACGGCAAAGUUGAUCCGCAAGGAGAUGCUCAGGGAUAUCUCUGGUAAGGUAGGCCGUUUUAUGAGAACGAUCAGAGGAAAGUCCCAAACGCAGCAAUUCGUGGACAUCUCCAGGAUGAAACCACAGCUCUACAAUAAGGGGGUGGAGGCUCGUCGCGUCCUCGACAAGCUCGAAGACUUUUGCGGCGCUAUGAACAAACAUGCAGAUCAGUACAAUGAGUGGCGCGGUGCUAUGGUCAAAUUACUUUCGCAAUCACUUAUUGACCAGGAGGACGAUAAUGAACUCGAAGGCAAUGAGUAUGAAAAAUCUACGAAACAUCAAGACGAGAUGUAUGUCUACAUGGAAGCAUUACGUGCAAUGUUUGCGGAUCGCCAUGACGCUUUGACUGGCCAGAAAAACGUGCUCAUCGCCCAUGAGGUCAAAAGUGGAAUAAUCCAAGCCCAAAAGGGGGAAGGGCCCUCCCCGAAGCUUUUUCUGGAGAUGAUGGGCACCCGUAGUAACAUCAAGCCCGAUCCUCAACUGGGCUCCCUUCGUGGCAUUAUCAGCGAGCUCCGAAGCCUGGCGACUUCUUUGGAGUGGCAAGCAGGUGGAGGGAGCUCGCGAGCUCAGGCCGAGUAUGAGAUUGUUUCAUUGAUUCUCCGGCAUUCCAGCCAGAUGGCUUCAGAGCAAGGGAAAAUUGCAUCUAAUUUAGAGAGGGAAGUGGAAUUGUUCCGAGAUACGAUGAACAAUCGUCUCGAGUACUACCGCCAGCUGCAGCAGAUAUCCGACACUGUGGCCCCCUACGAUGAAGAGAGUGCCGGUCAACCUUUGGACGAGACAGCUUUCGCUGCGAAGCUCAGACAAGAGGGGGUGAGUGACGAGAAAAUUUCAGCCUUGAGGGCAAAGCGUCGCUAUCUCAUUCAUCUCCGGGACGAAUCGGGCUCAGAUGACACCUCAAAGAUUUGUGUCAUAUGCCAGUCAAGCUUUGAAGUCGGUGUUCUAACGGUCUGCGGCCACAAGUACUGCAAAGAUUGCUUGCGCAUGUGGUGGCACCAACAUCGAACUUGCCCAACAUGCAAAAAACGCUUGAAGGCCAAUGACUUUUACCAGAUUACAUACAAGCCGCAGGAGUUUGUCGUUCAGGAAGAGAAAUCCCCGGCGAAGAUUGAAACCGAUCGCUCACCAAAGAACUCCAUCUAUACUGACAUUGGCUCGGGAACACUCAAAGAGAUCAGAAACAUCGAUCUGGACAGUUCUUUCGGGACUAAGAUUGACACCUUAGCACGUCACAUCUUAUGGCUCCGCGAACAUGACCCUGGCGCGAAGUCUGUGGUUUUCUCCCAGUACAAAGGCUUUCUGGACGUUUUAGGCACUGCGUUCUUGCGGUUCAAGAUUGGCUACAGCAGUGUUGAUAGUAAGGAUGGCAUACAGCUAUUCAAAAGCGAUCCGUCGAUUGAGUGUUUCCUGCUGCACGCGAGAGCUCAUUCGUCGGGGCUUAACCUGGUUAAUGCAACCCACGUCUUCCUCUGCGAGCCCCUGAUCAACACGGCAAUUGAGCUUCAGGCCAUUGCUCGAGUACAUCGAAUCGGGCAACAUCUUCCCACUACUGUUUGGAUGUACCUUGUCAACGAUACCGUGGAGGAGUCCAUCUACGACCUUUCCGUUUCACGUCGCCUAACCCACAUUGCUCGCAAGGACAAAGGGACCGAAGACCAGGGAUCCGGCAGACCUGAUGACGAAGUAGUCAAUAACCUGACCGAAGCAGCCAUCGACUCUGCUAAUUCUUUGGAGGUACAGGAUGCAGCGCUCGCCAAGUUGAUGGCUGGCGGUGCGUCCGGUGGGGAACUGGUCAAGAAAGACGAUCUAUGGCAAUGCUUGUUUGGCAAUUCCAACGAUAAAAAGGCGGUUGGCGGUCACUCGGAGGGGGCCGAACGAGAGGUAGCCAGGUUCUUGAGGGGGGAAGCAGCUGAGCAGCGGAGGACAGAUUCUCGAGGCCCAUAGGCACUUAUAUAUAUCGACCUUUGGAUUGAGGACGCACCAUAGGAUGAUACUGGCCACCAUUUUAAUUUGUCAUAUGCAGGUGAUUUGGGGAAUACUAUAUAGCAAUCGAUAUCACCGCAAC